CUUUCUAUUAAAUAUUUGUCUAUUUACAGUUUCAUUACUGUCGUCUAUUAAUAUAGUUGUACACAUAUAUGUAUUAUUUAUACAGUAGAAUAUUGAAAAUAACACUUGGACAAAAGUUUAUUUGUAUAUUAUUGUAAACAGGUUACAGAUAAUGAGAAGUUGAGAAAGUGAUUGUUAAUGACAUCUUAAGAAGAAUGACAGAUAUUAUCUUAGAAAUUAAGAAACUUGUCUCUGAAUGUUGGACAAAUAUCUUUGCAGAAGUGUGCAAUGCAGUAGUUUAUAUAGAUCACUGUGCAAUCGAAUGUUUACAUUGGCACACAGCUGGUAAAGGUUAUUUAGCAUUAAAAGAUGCUGGAGCAGUUGCAGUUUAUGAAUUUGGCAUGUAUCAUUUUCGAUACGCAGAAGUGAAAAAUACCAAAAAAGCUGUUAUUAUAUCGACAUCUGGCGAUCCAGCAUUUUAUCAGCGUACAAUUAAAAUGAUACUAGCAAAGAAUAUGUUUCAGAAUUGUAUCGUUUACUGUAGCGUGCCUUGUAGUACUAUCAACAAUAUGGAAAUAUUACCAGUCGAAGAAAAAUUAGACUAUAUUAAAUUGAAGAAAGAUAUUAAGGUUUGGAUGACUUCAGGAAAUCUUUCUCAAGAACCUGCUGUUAAUAUCGUCUAUGUACCAAUUUUUAUUGCACUUUUAAAUAAGAACCUGUUUGUGACACCUCCUUUUGGAGAUUUGAUGCCACCUUUGGAUAUUAAUAUUUCAAAAGACACAUUAGUUAAAUUGAAUCUUUUAGCAUAUUCAUUUUACAACCUGUUUGAUAGUAUAGGAGUUAAAUUAGAUAUUUAUUCAAUUGGAAAAUUAAGCGAUCUUCUUGCAGAAAAUUUGGAAAAUUAUACAUCUAGUGUUAAUCAUCGAAAUCAUUUAUCAGAAACUCCAGAAAUAGGAGUUUCUCUUAUUUUGAUUGAUAGAACAUUAGACCUUUGUACACCUACUAGUAAUAAUACAGAAUCUUUUCUUGCAAAAAUACUGCGGACAUUUCCUCAUUUACCGCAUCAUGACAAUGAUGUAGCUGUUAAUAUAUCGCCUGUAUUCGGAACAGUAACAGAAAUAUUAGAAUCGUGUGAAACACCUGGCUGUUUAGCAAGUAUAGCAGAUACUAUGAUGGAUCUUUUAAUUUCACAAAAAGAAAAGAAGUUGCUAAGUACAGUUAAUCAAUUUUUAAACGAUAUGACUUUAAUAAAAGAUAGUCCAAAACUAAGAACACCAACGAGGAUUUCUGGUCACAGUUUAGAAAAAGUUCUUAACAAAAUUCAAUCUAUGAACAGCAUUGAUUCUACGAUUGCUGAUAUGGAAAAACUUCAGUGCAUUUUAGCAAUAAUCAAAGCAUCUACGUCACAAAAAGCUGAUCAGAUUGAGCUACUUACUAGCUUAGAGAAAUUAGCUCUGCAAAAUCUUUCUGUUAGUCGAGAAUCCUCGAGUAUACUUGUACAGUUAAGUAAUAUUAUACGAACGCGAGUUCACAGGGGACUUGAUAUCGAAAAUUUGUUAGCAUUACUAGUAUAUGUUUAUGCACUUGCGGGAACGCAAAUUCGGUUUUCUACGCAACAAGAACGUCGAUUAGAAGAGUCAAUUGCAGUUGCAAUUUUUGAAGACCUCGAAACAUUAAAAAAAAAUUCAUUGACAAAUACAAAAUCAGCUUAUCAACGUAAUUUAUUGUUAUUAGGAACGGACGAUGUUGCAGCGCAAGAAGCAUCAUGCAAGAUUGCAGCACGUAUUCUCGAUACUUUAAGAUUAAUCGCGGAACAACGCUUAACGCUGCAAGAUUAUAGAUUUUGCAUGUUGACAUCAAGUUCUCAAGAGGUAACUCGGCAUAUUAGUAUUUUAGAACAAAUUACCAAGGAUAUAUUUUGUGUAAACAUAAGCAGAGAACUACGGGAUCUUCAUAAAAAGUCAUCUUCAUUUAUUUCAGCUGGGUUUAAUCUAAUUUUAAGAGGCAAAACGAAACGUCAUCCUCGAGAUAAUUCUUUUAUUUUAAUAUACAUCGUUGGAGGUAUUACUGCGGAAGAGGCCAAAAUAAUUCAAGAAGUAAUAUCGGCAAAUAAUAACGAGAAAUUGCCACGUAUAACGUUAGCAGGAUCUAGAUUGUUAAAACCUUUAGAUAUAGUGGAUAAAAUAUUCUUUUCUUAGUUAUUUUCCUUUUUUACUGGAAUUUAUUUUUCAUCCAUCUUCCAUCUUAUACCAUUGGAUAAAAUAGAAUAAUGUAUUUUCCUAACAAUUUGCGUCGUUUCUAAUGUACAUAUAAAAUUUUUCGAAUCACAUGUCUUACAUAGGCGUAUUCUAUAAUUUAUAUUAUCCGUAAGUUUUUUCCCUUUGUUAUCAAUAUUUUCAUAUAAUUUAGUGUAUAUUGUUGCUACAUUAAAUUGAGCUGUAUGCGUUCUGA